GUUUUGGCGCGAAUUUCGUUCACUGUCACGAAUAUCACGUGCAGAGAGUCUGUGUGAUAGGAGAGCUUGCCACGAGGCGUCGUCACUCAGUGAUUUCCAAGCAGUUUCAGCAGACGUGUGUUACUGAGUCGGCUGGACCGAGUCACCAUCUUGCUGUCUAGUGUUUCCAUUCAAGAAAACUCAUUUCAUCCUUCAUCAUGAACGACGUUUCGAGGGAAUAUUUCUGGGGCUGCCUACUCAACAAAGAAAACCCCAAAGUAACAUGGACAUUUGAAGAGGAAGAGGAGGACACCGAUUUUCUUAUUCACACACUAUUUUUAAAACAGGCAGUACUUGGACAAGCAGCGUUGAAGGAUGAAAGAAAUCUAGUAACAGUACAGACAAAAAAUUUUGACAAUGAACAAAUCAAACAUCCAGUAGUUUCUCUAACACUGGGUAGAAAUGAUAUGUGCAAUUUAGAUUUAAGUUUUGGACAUGAAAAUCCUGUAGUAUUUGAACUAGUAGAGGGCACUGGUCCAGUUCAUCUAACAGCUCAACAGUUAGUGGAGAUGCCAGAUGAAGGGAACAUGAGCCAGGACGAAUCGUGUACAGAGACUGAAGAGGACGAAGAAGAACUGAUGGAGGAAAAAGAACCAGCAAAGACGAAAAAGAGGAAAGCCUCGUCAGCCAAAGGACCCACAAAGUCUAAGAAAGGGAAAAUGGAGGUGAGUAAGGAGUUUGAGUGCAUCGUGUUAGUGAAGAAAUUAAAGGAGGAAGAUAUGGAAGAAGAGGAAGAUGACGAGGAAGAUGACGAGGAAGAUGAAGAUGAGGAAGAGGAAAGUGAAGAAGAAAGUAGUCCAGAAAAAGUCAGCAAGAAGAAGAAAAAGGGCAAGGAGACAACAAAGGCUAACUCCCGCAAAGGAAAGAUGACCAAGGCUUCCCCUGUCAGAGGAAAGGCCAAGAAAUCCAGGAAGGUGUAAAUCGGUGCAGACCAGUAGAUUUUAAGCUGGACUUGACCAGUACCAGGGGUCAGUGGUACAUGGAUGUAUGAACCUUAAGGUGUCGCAGGACUGCAAUAGUUAGAUAGUGCUCAUUACUUGUAGAAAACAUGUUGAUGGGGGGAAAACAAAAUAUUCCUUAAUAUUUCAUUAAACAAAUUAAACUUAU